GCCGUCGCCAUGACCCGUGAGCAUCUAGACCCUUUCUCCUUGCCCUUUUCUUUCCCGUCACCCUAAACAUCACCUGCGAGUGGCUAGCUUUGGCCUUCCGUAGAUUCCCUGGCGAGGCCUUUUUCUGGGCGCGCUCUGUAGCCACCCUCACAAUCGGUGCGCGGAAAUCGAGCCUUUUGCCCACAGCCACUUCACGGGACCACCCCCCCGCGUUAGGCAUAGGCCCUCCCGGACCUUCUGCGGUGCGGUAACCAGCGAGAGCUCGCCCGCCAGAAGAAUAUGAAAAAGCAGAGCGACUCGGUUAAGGGAAAGCGCCGAGAUGACGGGCUUUCUGCUGCCGCCCGCAAGCAGAGGGACUCGGAGAUCAUGCAGCAGAAGCAGAAAAAGGCAAACGAGAAGAAGGAGGAACCCAAGUAGCUUUGUGGCUUCUCGUCCAACCCUCUUGCCUUUCGCCUGUGUGCCUGGAGCCAGUCCCACCAGGCUAGCGUUUCCUCCUGUAGUGCUCACACGUCCCAGCACCGACGGCAUUCCCUUUGCCCUGAGUCUGCAGCGGGUCCCUUUUGUGCUUCCUUCCUCUAAGGUAGCUUCUCUCCCACUGGGCCACUCCCGGAGAUGAGGGGAUUACCCCUUCCCAGUGUUUUUUAUUCCUGUGGGGCUCACCCCAAAGUAUUAAAAGUAGCUUUGUAAUU